AUGCCACGCUCAUCUGCUGCGGGUAGGAAGAACCAGAACAAUCGACAGGAGAAUGGCCCCGUCGGUCCUGGCAAGAAAGUAAUCAAGCAGAAAUCAAGCAGCCAUCUCAACGGCUCGCCCCCCAACGGCUCCGUUCCUGCGGGUACCGCCGCGCCUGUCGACCUGUCCGCUCAUCGUUCUACGAGUGAUACUGCAGUCACCUCUCCAGUUGUCGCCAAAGGUACGGAUGGGUCGAAGGCUGAUGGCAAUGGCCGUGGGAUGGCGAAUGGACACAACGGCAAGGCUGUGGACAUGGCAUGUGGCCAGGUGAACGGUGUUGUGCCGCAUAAUGGUGGCAUGGCAGGUGUAGCCUCUCGCAAUGGCACUGCCAAACGCUCGGGGUCGAAUGCUUCAAUCAACCCGCUUCAACUCGCGUCCACCAUCUUGAAGUCGUGUCCUAUGUACGACACUAUCGCCAUCUUAAUUUUUCUGCUACAACUCCCACCUAUGGUGCUUACUCUUGUCCAAUUCUUGUUCGCGUCCUUAACUUUCAUGCCUCCCAGUGGUGCCGUAGCUGGGUCUCUUUCCGCCAAUUUUGAUAUUUUCCAGGGACCCGCCGGUACACCUUCGUUAGGGACGAUGAUGGCCAUGGACACGUUCUGUCUUCUUGUCUGGGGCCUCUUCAUGUGGACGUGGGCGCAAAACUUUGCAAUCGAUCUCGCUCAUGUUCAAGUCGCCAUCACUCUUGGUGGUGGAGGUUCCGGAAAGAAUGGCGGAGUCAAUGGUCUCUGUGUUGGAAUUGUUCUGCUUCUUCAUAUCGUUCGCAGUAAAGGUAUCCAGGAUUUCGUUCUAGGACAUCUCGUUUCCGCCAAACUUGUCAGCCCCGACAUUCUUUCCCAGUUUUCGAAUCUUCUACCCGCCGAGUUCCGACGCACCGAGGCAUCCACAUCUCCAUCGUGGCUGAGGAGUCUCCUCGCCGUACAUAUAUUAGCACAAGCGGGAACAGCAAUGGCACGACGCUCGAUGGCAAAGAACAGGGCCCCUCCGCCAUCGCGGAGUGGGAAACGUGGGGAUACGGAAGCUUCGGCGGGCUCUCAGAAUCAGCCUGAUUCUGCACUCGAGUCUGCAGCUAGUCUUUCUUCAUCUCUCAUGGGUCCCGAUGGCCAAUUUCUCAAGGAUGGCAAGGAUCGGCUUACUUCAGCCAAAAAACGCAGGAGGCAAGCUAAUCAAGUCCGAAGUCGUCAGCCAUUUUGGGCCGCUCUGGCCAGUACCAAAGUCACCGUUAUGCGAGAAUAUGAGCAUUCACGAGCGUCUUCAAAAACCACUCGUGGUCUUACAAUGACUGAGGAGGAUCUUCAAGGCGUUUCCCUUGAUGAUGGAUUGGUGUGGGUUACAGAUGUAGAUAGUUCUUCGAUCAAGUUUGCCGCCGGUGAUCUCAACGAUGAUUCACUGGGCUCAGGCUCUUAUGAAGCCGGCCGCUUGGAAGGCGAUAUGGAGCCGUUUUAUGUUUACGUCAACGGAGCUCUUUGGGCCACCGCGACUAUUCUUCGGGUGUCGGAUUCGUCAAAGGGGCCAAGUAUGGUUCAAUGGCGGGGUGAGAUCUCUGGACUUGCCCCCAAUUGUGCUUACACUUGCUCCUUUAUGCGAAGCGAUACCGAUGAGGAAAUUUGCGCUAUGAGUGUCAAGACACCUGCGACAGCCGACACGGAACAAGCUGUUUCUGUGGUCUCGACACCGUCGCAUCCGCCUUACAGACCUUCGUCGCCUACUACGACGCUGAAGAAUUCCAUAGUCAACGCCGAGUCCAAACUGAACGAUAAACGCUACCGAUUGAAAAAGACAAAGAACGACCAUAAGCUUCUCAUAUCGAAGGUUCGGAGGGAAGUGGAUAAUUAUAACAACCGUCUACAAAGCGGAACCGACGAGAACAAACAAAAGCAACGUUCACUGCAACUGGAACGCAAUAUUCGACAAACGGAGGAGGCGACCGCAGCACUGGAGCAGCAACUAGACACCAUGGAGAAUGUUCCAGAGGAAGAAGUCGAGCGGUGGAAUGCUCAUAAGGCCGACUUUGAUCGAGAGUUGGAGCGCUUUAACUUGGCGAAGGAGGAGCUUCAAGAGGCCCGCCUUGCCGCAGCCCAACAGGCUUCAGCAGUGGAACAGGAAUUGAACAUGGUUAUUCAAAAACGCGAGAGAUUGCAGGGCCGCCGAACCCGUGUCAACGAGCAGUAUGAUCGCAUAAUCUCGGCUAAUGCCCAAGGACUGAACGAACGAGAGCGCCGCGCAGCCGAACAGUUCGCUCGAGAACAAGAUCAAUCCAAGAUGGAAGCCAACUUCCAUGAACAAUUCGCAAGCAUUAGCCAGUCUGUGCAAGACUUUCAACUGCGCACCAGUCAACUUUGGCAACAAGCAUCUGCGAUUGAGCAAUCGAUCCAACAGCAGCAACAGCAAAUGCUUCUGGAUUCUGGUCCUCUUACACCGGAGGGAAACCUUCCCGGUACCAAUCCUCUGCCUGAGACAUCUACUGCGCCUACCCACAGUCGUUCCUUGUUGGCACUCAGCUUCCCACCGGCAAGGUCUAGCCCUCUGCAUAUAUCGUCUUCCCCAGAACAUGCUACCUCUUCGCAUCCAGCCAGCCCUGUACAGGACGCAUUCACGUCUCAGUUCCCGUCCUCCCCGUUCGGCAAUGGAAACUCUUACUUUGUAUCUGACACAAAUCCCCGGGACCGUUCGUUUUCCAACCGCUCCGCCCACAGCAGCCUAUACGGCUCGGAAUUCUUCGAGCCCAAUCGUAUGCCGCUCCAAGUUGAUCUUUCGGACCUGCUUUCGGAAAAGCCGCGUUCUGGAUCAGAUUCCAACGGUUUUCUUUUUCAGAAUGGCCGUCCGAUGCUGAGUCCUUUUCAACGAGCAACAAGUCGCGGUAGCGGGGCUGGCAGUGGCAGUGGGAGCGGCGGCAGCGGAAGUGGCAGUGGUAGUGGCAGUCCAAAGUCUGCACGCGAUUGA